AUGAACUCCUUUCUGGCCCGCUGUCGUCAAGUCACUUACCGACGUCAAGUAUCGUCCUCAUCAGCGUCUCAUGGUAUCAAGCGAACCAAAGAAGUGGGUGAUUACUGGCUACUAAAGACCAUUGGAAGAGGAUCUUCUGGACGAGUCAAGCUCGGGAUUCACAAGCACACGGGAGAAAAAGUGGCUAUCAAGAUGAUAUCUCGGCGUCACCUUACUUCCUCGCCCAUUAUCACUCGAUCGGUUGAACGAGAAUUAGCAGUGCUACAACUGUUGCAUCAUCCUCAUCUCAUUUAUUUGCGACAGGUGCUGCAGGAUAGCACUCAUGUCUAUUUUGUCAUGGAAUACAUCGAAGGUGGUGAACUCUACCAAGUCUUAUCCGAUCGCGGCCGAUUACCAGAAUCAGAAGCGCGAGUUUUAUUCGCACAAAUGGUCAAUGCCUUGGCAUGGUGUCACGCUCAUCAUAUAUGCCAUCGAGACUUAAAACCUGAAAAUAUCCUCGUAGAUCGAUGUCGGAAUCAAAUCAAAAUUGCCGAUUUCGGCAUGGCUACACUGCAGUGCCACAAUCAACUUUUACGUACCAGUUGCGGAUCGCCGCAUUACGCAAGUCCAGAAAUUGUUAAAGGAAAGCCCUAUUACGGGCCAGCAACUGAUGUCUGGUCAUGUGGAGUCAUUUUAUAUGCGCUAUUGACUGGUCAACUUCCGUUUGAUGACGAGAAUAUAGCACGUUUGUUGGCAAGAAUCAAAACGGGCAGGUACCGUCGCUUUCCAGAUGACUUGUCGCACGAAGCUAAAGAUUUGCUACGUCGUAUGCUCUCCGUCCAUCCCGCCAAACGGCCAACGAUGGAAGACAUAUUAUUACAUCCUUGGUUGACCGGGAUGCAGAGUGAAACCCUACCUGCAGUGCCCCGUUACUAUCCCUACGCUGAUGAUGGACCUCUGAUCUCGGGACCGUGUGACAUGGAUGGCCGCAUUUGGGAAACACUCAAAGUACUGUGGCGGGAUCAGAGUCAUGAAAAGAUCUUGACCGCACUCACAUCACAAGGGUAA